UCUGAAUAUAGCCCAUUUCUUCUGCCUCCCCUGGUUCUCUCUCUCGCCAGCUACCACUAGCCGGUGAACCCCUCUGAACGCCACCACGCCGAACUAAUCCCCGCACUCAGUAUCCCAAAAUCCAAAGAGUCUUUCUUCUCCGGCAAACCUCGAUAAACUCUGAGAAGGCGGAUAUCCAUCACUCAGUGACUGAGUUCUCCAUUGCCGUCGUCAUGUUCGUUUCCAGAUAUACUCAACGGCGCUCUCUCAGAACCCUAACAUCUCUAUUUUCUCAAUGUUCCUUACAGCAUGAGAUUCCGAGGAGAUACGAUUCGGUGAACAUAAUGUCUAGCAGUGGGAAUAUGGUGAGUUCUCCGGUCAAACGCGUAAAAGUUCCUAUUUGCAAUGUUGGAGUGCGGUGGAUGUCAGGGAAAAGCAUGAGGAGCAGAGUGGCAGCUAGAAUGCAAAAUGAGUCCAGCAAAACCCUAAGAGAGAUUCGAAGGUCAAAGAAGUUAAAGUUGAAGCUCAUGACUGAUGAAGAACGAUUAAUUUAUAAUCUCAGAAGAGCAAAGAAAAAAGUGGCCUUGCUACUUCAGAAGUUGAAAAAAUAUGAGCUCCCAGAUUUACCAUCUCCGCGGCAUGAUCCUGAGCUUUUGACUCCUGAGCAACUGCAAGCGUAUAAGAAGAUUGGUUUCAGGAAUAAAAAUUAUGUCCCUGUUGGUGUCCGUGGAGUCUUUGGAGGAGUUGUCCAAAAUAUGCACCUCCACUGGAAGUUUCAUGAGACUGUGCAAGUUUGUUGUGAUAACUUCCCCAAGGAAAAAAUUAAGGAGAUGGCUUCUAUGCUAGCUCGACUAAGUGGUGGAAUAGUGAUUAACAUACAUAAUGUGAAAACGAUUAUUAUGUUUCGUGGCAGAAACUACCGGCAGCCAAAGAAUUUGAUACCUGUCAACACACUUACGAAAAGGAAGGCAUUAUUUAAAGCCCGAUUCGAACAAGCACUAGAUUCACAGAAAUUAAACAUAAAGAAAAUAGAACAAGAGCUCCGGAGGAAGGGAAUAAAUCCUGAUGAUCCAGCUGCCAGAGCCAGCAUCCAGCGAGUAGCAUCCACAUUCUUCAAUGCCAUUGAUAAGAAAGAAGGAAGCCCAUAUGUUUUUCAGGAGGAUUAUGGUACUAAGUUGAGUCACAGCAGUAGUGUAGACGAAAAACAUUCAACAGCUGAAGACAGUGACCAGGAGGAGCUUGACGAUUUCAUUGCUCAGAUAGAAAAGGCAGCAGAUGACGAAUGGGCAGCUGAGGAAGAUGCAGAAAAAGAAGAAUCGGGGAGGAUUAGAUAUUGGAACAAAGAAGAUAUAGGUGGUCGAUUCAGAAGAUUUGGAAGUGAUGAAUCAGAUGAUGAGACAGGAGGAAGGUCAAGUGGCAGGAGUAAGACGUAUGGAAGGAAGAUGGGUGAUGACGAUGAACAAGAUGAUGUAUCUGAAGAUGACAGUGAAUUGGAUGAUGAUGAUGGUCGACGUACCCACACGUACAAUGCUCCUGUCAGGCAUCCAAAGUAUAAAACAGAGAAAUGGCAGAAAGGUAAGGGCAAUAGACCUAUGAAUGAGGGAGGUUCAAGAAGAAAUUUUGAUCCUUAUUUGAAGGAAACGAUGGCUUCAGAUAGGUUAAGUGACCUUGAGGAAGCCAUGUGGGCUUCAGACGAUGAGGGUGGGCAGAACUCAACCCAACCAAGUGAGUAUAGAAGUAGUAGUGAUGAGGGGGAGGGUUAUGAUAAGAUUGCAACAUGGGAAUCAGAUGUAGAGGAUGCACCUGGUUCGAGGGCAUCAAGAGGGGUUGGUAAUAGCUUUAGGACCAGCGGUCAAGGGCAAAUGAAGAAAAAUGAGGAUACCCGCGAGAGCAAGAGAAAGGUGAAAAGCUCAAAAGACAUGGAUGAAACUUGGGACAGCGAUUGACCAGGAUGCCAAGGGAUACAGGCAUUGAGGCUGGUGUUAUUUAUGGUACUUGAUCUAUGCAAACUGAUCAGGAAGAAAAGUAUGGACUAUCAAGUUUAGUGGUUAUGGAAGUUUGUGAUAUGCUUUCUUCAC